AUGCCAGUUAAUUCCGUAUCAGAAACAAAAAAAGGUGUUGAAAAAUCUAAAUUCCCACUGUCCUUAAACAGGAAUAAUGCAUCACAUUUGAACAGUGAAAAUAAACGACCAAUUAUUUUCAAAGAUAUAUCUAGCUCUUAUAAAGUGUCUGACGACAAUAAGGAGAAUAAACCAGUGAAAAGACCACCAAACAGUACAUAUUUUAAUACUUUGAAUGCAGCAAAGAAACUCAAACCAUUGACAGAAACGCCGAAACUUGCCGACUCUGAGCUGAUAAUAUUGGAACAGCCCUUUGCCAGCUCUGCCAUGUUGAAUGGCCAUCACCCCACAGAUAAUCAAUAUGGGGGAGGUACACAGUGGAAGGCCCCUAUUGCAACUCUAUCUAAUUUGGGCAACACAUGCUUUUUAAAUAGUGUUCUCUACACAUUAAGGUAUGCACCUCGGUUUCUUCACAACUUACACCACCUUGUGUCAGACUUGGCCAGUGUAGAGCAAAAAUUAGGGAGCAUAAGGUUGAAAAGCUCCUCCUUAGGGAGAAGUGCAGCAGGUCUUGCUUCAUCAGGAGCUAGGUCAUGGAGCAGUAAGGAUUUACUGUCCUUGGGACAGUCGGACAACAGCUCUGGGAAAAGUAAGAUUCAGGUUGCUACAGAGAAGCUACAUGAGACAUACCUCAACCUCCGUGCAGCAGAAAGUAAAUGCCUCAAUAGUGGUUCAGGAGACGCUAGCCCUGAGCCUUUUGCAGCUGAUGCCUUUCUCGCCGCAUUAAGAGAUGUUAACUCUACCUUUGAAGGUAAUCGACAGCAAGAUGCUCAUGAACUGUUAGUUUGUAUAUUGGAUAAUAUCAGAGAGACUUGUCGGGCAUUGAGCUCAAGAGCAUCAAGGCUGCAGAUACAUGAAAAUGGAGACAGCAACGGCUUGGGGCGUCAACCGGGCUCGGAGGUGGACGUUGGCAAACCGACGCUGGGCAACCUGCGCAAGUCGUGGAAGAAACGCAAGGAGGCGAAGGCUAGCGAGAAGCGGCACUCGCCCACCGAGGAGAGGGCCCCCUCCCCCGCAGAUCCGGAGAGGGACGAAAAGUCGCGGCCCGGCUGGGACUUCGUGGCUGACGACUUCGAAGGUACAAUGGUGGUCCGCACCAUGUGUCUGGAAUGCGAAGCGGUCACGGAGAAAGCGCAAGCCGUCUGCGAGCUGUGCGUUCCUGUCGGCGAUGACGAGGUGCCCAGCGACGAGCCAUUCCGAGCCGCUUGCCUUUCCAGCGAGUACCUGCGUGAUCAGAACAAGUACUGGUGCGAGCGCUGCCUGCGUUAUAAUGAGGCGCGGCGCAGCGUCGCCUACUCCCGGCUGCCGCGACUGCUAGUGCUGCAGCUGAAGCGCUUCAGCGGCGGCAUGGAGAAGAUAACGAGGCACGCGCCCACACCGCUGCUGAUGCCGUGCUUCUGCGAGCCGUGCGCCAAACGGCCCCCCGAUCAACAGCCCACUCACAGAUACAUCCUUUGGGCGGUGAUAAUGCACCUCGGGCAAACACUCACCGGCGGCCAUUAUGUGGCGUACGCACGCGACAGCUCGUGCGGCGACGCGAAGUGCGAGCGAGAGGGCAUCGGAGACGCCACCACCACCAACACCAGCUCCAGCUUCAUGAGGACGCUGUUCAACAGGCCUCGGCCUGCCCCCACCGGUUGCGCUGCCAGAGAUUGCUGCGUGCCGAGACCUAGGGCGGAGGCUGGCUGGCUCGCGUGCGACGACGACCUGGUCAAGCCGAUAUCCAACGAGGAGUUCGAAGAUCUUCUCUCCGCCGAGCCCAAGAUGCGGUCAGCGGCCACGCCCUACUUGCUGUUCUACGUGAAGAGCGAGGUCGGC